CAAAAGGAAAAGGAAGGCAAGCGAAAAAGUUGGGAGAUAUAUGGUUACGAUUCGUUUUUGAGGGAACCCUUCCGCUACUCCCUCUAUUGAAUGAUUCCUUCACAAUGUAAAACAAGAAUGUGAAAGUUACGUGUAAUACGUAUGGAGAACCGGAGAAAGAAACACACAACAGGAAAAACUGAUGCAUCAGUAAUCCAUACAGACCUCACUCUUCAGAACAACAAAAAAGGGAAAAAGGGAUUUCUUUUGCUUCCAUCCUUGCAUGCGUGUCGGCAUUACCAUGUCCGAUCCAGUGGAAGAAAUUGUUCCUGAGUCAUCAGCGAAAGGGAGCCUCGCUCAACAUGAUUAUUCUUCUUCACCAUCCACCGACGGCGAUGGCUUACGACGCCCCACCAACGACAAGUCUCACCUCUUUGGCCGCCAGAAACCUGUCCAUGCCGCUCUGGGCGGUGGCAAACCCGCUGAUAUUUUGCUGUGGAGGAACAAGCAGAUUUCAGCAGGGAUGCUUACUGCGGCAACUGUCAUUUGGCUUCUCUUUGAAUGGAUUGGUUAUCAUUUGCUCACUUUUAUUUGUCAUUCUCUCAUACUUACCUUGGCCAUCUUGUUCUUUUGGUCAAAUAUCUCCCACUUUGUCAACAAGACUCCUAUGGAAUUUCCAGAGAUUGUAUUGCCAGAGAAGUUGUGGACACAGGUUGCUCUACUUUUGAGGGACAGAUUCAACUGGGCAUUUGGUGUCUUCUGGGAAGUGGCUUCGGGAAAGGAUUUGAAGAAGUUUCUCUAUACUAUUGUAGGCUUGUGGAUUGUGUCGAUUGUCGGCAGCUGGUUUGAUUUUCUGACCCUUUUUUACAUCUUAUUUGUCAUGCUGUUAACAGUACCCUGGUUCUAUGAGAAACAUGAAGAUCAAGUGGAUACCUAUGCACAGAAGGCCAAAAAAGAACUCAAGAGACAGUAUAGUCAUUUGGACGAGAAGGUUCUUCAGAAACUACCAAAAGUUCCUUUCGUCAAAGACAGUAAGCAGCAGUGAUGAUAUUCUAUUUCCAGGCAGGUAACGGCAUCAUAGUGGAAGUAUCCUUUCUCAUUUACAAGCAAUACUACCAAGGAGUUCUUAUGCUUCUGCAUUUUAGGGAGAAAAAAAGAAAGUUUGUAUGCUUCUCCGCAAUUAACUUUGAGGGAUUGCUAAAUGUAUUCCCCCUUGAAGCA